GCGGCGCUCGAGUGUCCCGAUCUCGCCCGAACGGGUCAAUGUCUGAGGAGGCUUCGAAAAAUCCGUGGCUGGUGUGGUGUACCCGUACUCAGCGACUCGGCUGACUUUUCUGCGUUAAUCGCGUACGUAGCCUACGUCCAGCCCGUGUCGCGAGUGCAUUAACAAAAUAGUAGAAUAUAGGGACAGGCAUAGAAAAGGAAAAACAACGAGAUACGGGAUCAUUUUUAAGUCGAAGGUGUGUAUCGGCGUCGCGGUAAAAUGUCGUGCGCGAGCCGUGUGCGAGCUUGAGCCAGAGAAGCAGAGCGGUCGCGAGUACAAUAACGACGGCGACGACGACGACGAGGACGACGACGACGAUAACGACGACGUCGACGUCGAACAUCGUCAGCAAUAGUACGAAUAUCGGUAGCAGCAGCAGCACCAGCAGCGGUGGCGACAGUAGCCGUAGUAGCAGCAGCAGCAGCAGCGACAGCGACAGCGACGGCAGCACCAGCAGUACCAGCAGUGCGAUAAGGCGAAGAAGUAGUAUAGAAACGAGAAAGGAGAAGCAAGAAGAGAAGAAACAAGGAGAAGAGGAAGGAGUGAGCGUGUGUAAAGGAGAGAGUGAGCAAAGGGACGACGAGGUAGAGGAGAGAGACGCAGGUUCCGAAGCUCUCGGCGAGGAACCGAGCGUGAACGCUGGCGCUAGCGUUAACGCUGGAUCUAUCGAGUCUAAGACAAUUUUAAUACCAAGAAGAGAAUCACCGUGUCCGAGUGUCACGAGGAAUAAGAUCUCAAGGUAUAGGAGAUCGCGUCGUAAGAGGUGGACGACAGUAAAGACGAAGCUCCUAGCCAAAAGGGAGAACCCUACGAUAAGUGCGAUAGGUCGAGGAGCAGGAGUUUGCGCUUAUGGCUGUCUUUUAAAAGUCUAUCCAGAAGCACGGAGAUCAUCCUCUGCUGGUAGUAAAGCUGUUUGGUUAUCGAGAGGGUGCGUGUCAGUGCGCGGCAGUUCCGACCUGGUGAAGCAGCAGCACGACCAGAAGGAGGUGAAGGCGUCGGAGGUCGUGGUGGCGGCGGCAGCAGCAGCAGCGGCGGCGGCGCUGUCUGAGGAAGAGGAGGAAGAAGAGGAGGUGGUGUUGGAACCGAAGGUGGAAGUAGAGGUAAAGGUGGUGCUUCUGGUACUGGAUCGUCGUUGCUGCGUGGCCGUUGAGAGAAGGAGGAAGCAGCAGCGCCGGCGGUGCUGCUCGCCGCCGCGAAACCCAACCCAGCGAGAUCAUCGACUGUGCUAUAUAGAACCGCGGCUCCGUGACUGUGCUUCAGCGCGCUACGAGCCGUACCGAAAACGUUGACCCCCCCAACUGAAGACCGACCGUUACCCCCCUCCUCAUCACUUCCCAUCCCCGUCGCAGGGCACACCAUCCACCAUCGUCGGACACGGCUAGAGCCACGGCCUUAGCCAAAGACAGAGUGCCGUCCUUCUAAAGGCUGCUGCACCUCGCGCAUUCCCGGCUUAUUAGGCAGGAUCGCGCGUAGCGUGCGCGCCCUAAGAUCACCAGCUUGCACGUUCGCCCGAUCGACGAACAGACGGACGGAUACGCCGUCAACUGGCAGCCACGAGUUGGCCCUUUUGACGUACUCGGUUGUUAGCACCAUCUACGAAGUUCCUCAUUGCCGUCGUGGCUACGUGAAAAUUCGUGUGUGUGAUCCCUCCCAGAGUGUCCGAGAAUUUUCCAACAGUUUUCAUUACCGUGCCAGUGUUCCUAGUUGAGAGAAGAGUAAGAAGUGAAGAGGAAACGUGUACGGUUAGUGUCCCGAGAGAGGAGAUUAAAGUGUUAAGAGAGAAAGAGACAGAGAUAUUAAACAAGAGAAAGAGUGUGUGGAGUUCUCGCGUAAUAGUACCGCGCAUCUCUGCUACCUCGCGUGAAAACGAGCGUGCGAUGUGAUAUCGGCUGUCAUUAAUGUCCGAGGAGGAAACGCGCUGGGAAUCUUCACGUGAGGCAUUCGUGGCGAAGGGGUACGGGUUACGAGGAGACCGAGGUGGCGGUAGUAGAGGAGUAGUGAACUACUACGGGGCCUAAGAUCGCCGAGGAGGAGGAGGAGGAGGACUGAGGAGGAUGAGCGGGAGACCGAGGACCACCUCCUUCGCAGAGGGCAACAAGCCCCCUGCGAAUCCGCCCCUGGGCGGUAUGAAAAUCAGCAGUGGUGCGAUGUACAAUGCAGGCAAGGAUGGCAGCAAGGUGACAACGGUCGUGGCGACUGCCGGCGCCGGUCCAGAUCGUCCCCAGGAAGUCGCCUACACCGACACCAAAGUCAUCGGGAACGGCAGCUUCGGGGUCGUUUACCAGGCGAAGCUGUGUGACACUGGCGAGAUGGUCGCCAUUAAGAAGGUUCUCCAAGAUAAACGAUUUAAGAACAGAGAAUUACAAAUUAUGCGGCGCCUCGAGCAUUGCAACAUCGUCAAACUCAAAUACUUCUUCUACUCUAGUGGUGAUAAGAACAUCUUAAACGCGACUAAUCCGGUUUUUCAUGUGGACAAGGACGAGGUUUACCUGAAUCUAGUCCUGGAAUACAUCCCGGAAACCGUGUACAAAGUCGCCCGACAUUACAGCAAGAGCAAACAGACGAUACCGAUUAGUUUCAUCAAGCUCUACAUGUAUCAGCUGUUCCGCUCGCUGGCAUACAUCCACUCGCUGGGCAUCUGUCACAGGGAUAUAAAGCCCCAGAAUCUACUUCUGGACCCUGAGAGUGGCGUCCUGAAGCUGUGCGACUUUGGCUCGGCCAAGCACCUUGUAAAAGGAGAGCCCAACGUCUCUUAUAUAUGCAGUCGCUACUAUCGAGCCCCUGAGCUCAUCUUCGGCGCCAUCGACUACACUACGAAGAUCGAUGUAUGGAGCGCCGGAUGUGUUCUCGCGGAGCUUCUUCUGGGGCAGCCAAUAUUCCCUGGCGACAGCGGCGUGGACCAGCUUGUCGAGAUCAUCAAAGUCCUCGGCACACCGACCCGCGAUCAGAUCCGCGAGAUGAACCCUAAUUAUACCGAGUUCAAAUUUCCGCAGAUUAAAUCGCAUCCCUGGCAAAAGGUCUUCAGGGCACGCACUCCGCCAGAAGCGAUGGACCUCGUCGGCAGACUGCUGGAGUACACACCGUCUUUAAGAAUGACACCACUCUGGGCAUGCGCCCAUGCAUUCUUCAACGAGCUCCGAGAACCAGGCACCAGAUUGCCCAACGGUCGGCCACUUCCGCCAUUAUUCAACUUCACGGAGCAGGAGCUGCGAAGCCAGCCCAACCUGAACAGUAUGCUGAUACCGAAGCACAUGCAGACGUCCGAGAAUGCAGGAAGUGACGCUGGUAGUGGUACCGGGGCCGGUGGUGCCGGCGGUACCGGCGGUGCCGGAAGCGGAGGUAGUGCAGGUGGCGCUAGUGGCGGCGGUGGCGGUGGCAGCGGCCAAUCAGAAGUGACGAGCACUGUCGCGGGGGCUAGUGGUAAUUCUAGCGAUAAUAGCGUCAGCACCACCACACCAUCCACCACACAAAAUACAGACCCCAGCCAGUCGAACAUGGCUUAAGCUUUCUUUGUAUUUUAAAUGUAACGAAUUCGGAGGAUUCGCCCCCCCCCCCUCUCCCCCCGCGCCCCCGGACAGAGAGUGGGAGUAAGAACAGAGAGAGGGAAUAAAGAAAAAAAGUAAAUAAAAUAAUCGAAAGGAGCGUUUAGACUACACGGAAGAAGUAUAUAGAGGAGAAUAUUAGGGAGCAGCGCCGUGAGCUCCUCGCCAGGAGGAUGUCCCGUUGUAAAUUGAACUCAAUACGAAGCCGAUACGGCCGACUCGGUGUCCUUUGUUCGCGAUAAUAUAUACGACCGGUUAGUCACAGAAAGAGAAAGAGAGACCAAGAGUUAUACGAGAGACUCUGAAGUCGAACUGGAUGAAGCGUGACGAGAAACGAGUGAGAGAAGGACGAGUGCGAGUGAAUGAGAGACAGAGAGGGAUAGAGCGAAGGAAUGAAAGAUGAUGAAGCAUCGUUCGAUGGCGUGUUGGGUGUCAUGGCGGAAAAAAAUUGGGACGUAGCCGAGGGCCUUGCUACAAUUAAAAUCUUUAGUCCGUCAUAAGUAUAGACAUUAUUAAACCUAACUCUUAAUCUCCUCAACUCAUUGCGCAAGCGCAUUAUAAACAAACCAUGUACACCGGACAAAGACUCUCGAUGUCGGCUUUGUCGCCGACUUGAAUUCAGUGUAUAUAUAGGAAAACUGGUUUCAAAGCCUCUUUAACGAUAAUUGCUAAAAGCGACACUAGUUGAGAGAUAACAAGCAUACAAGAAAAUAAAAACAAAUAAAUAAUGUGUAAUCUAAUGUUUAGUAGCAUAACGUCGCUUGCGUCGUCUUUUUAUCGAGUGAAUCGCGAAAGCAAGCUUGAAUAAUUUCGGUGCGAGGGGUUAUUAAAAAUAUGGUCGCAAGAAAACGCGCACCAUCGACCAACAAAUGGCAAAAAAAAAGGAAAAAAAAACAGAACCGCCAUCAUCAUCACAUAACGAUACA